AUGAUCUCCAGACCAUUGAAUUGUGUUCAUCUUGUUAAUAGCAACAAUAAGUUGUUUAACAUCAAGUUGAAUGAAGCUAUAUCAGAAAUAUGCAAACUGGGUAAGAAUCAGAGACAUAUUGGAAGCUGA